GUUAAAGCAAAAUGGUAAUUUGUUGUCCUUGUGCUUCACGUGUAAUAUUUCAUGUAACUAUACAGGUGCAUGAUAUCUCGCACAUGCGCCUUGUCAUCAGUGCAGUCUGCAGUAGCGAGCGUCCUGCGCGUGCCCACCAGACUCAAGCAGCGAGGCGUCACAACAAAGCUGCAAACAAGGGGCCUCCUUUACAUACCCCAGAAGAAACAUUAAAGAGAGCAGUUAAGUGAUGUGGAGAUCAAAUGAAAUUAUGGAAGAGGAGAGGCCUAGUAUGCCAUCAGAGGUUAUUCUCCAGCACCCUGAGGUUCAAGAUGCCCACGCUGAUGAUACUGCACUUCACAGCAUCUCGGAGCCAGAUGAGGAAGAGAUAGAAAAGGGGAUAGGAGGAGGAAUAGGUGUGAAGAUGGACAGCAAAGACAAACAGAACGGAAGACAGACUGUGUCCCAAAAUCUAGCUAAUCAAACCUGUCAGACAAGUGCAACUGAGUUGCCUUUAAAUGACACUAAGACUGACCUUGAACCUGGUAGUAAACCCCAGCGUAAAUUACCCUGCCCUCGCUGUGAGAGAAGGUUUGCGACUAGUCAAGGCCUGCAGCGUCACAUACAAACACAUGCCCUUUCAACCUGCCACACACAGCGUUUUAAAUGCAGUCGCUGCAGAAGGAGUUUCAGUACAUUGUUUAGUCAUCGGAGGCAUGAGAAAAGACAUGAAAAUAGAAACAGGAAGACGGUUGAUCUCACAGAUAACCCUUGCACUGCAAGUCAGAAUGUGCAUGGCAGUGCUGAACCUCUGAAAACAGCAUCACAGAACCCAGAGCCAAACAAGUGCAUUAAUGCAGCUGAUGGUGAACAAAAGGAUGAUAAAAACAGUGAUGCCAAAGCCGCACAUGUCUGCAAGUACUGCAAAAAAGCAUUUAGGACUCAUACUAGUUUAAGGAGACAUCAGCGCAGGAUCCAUGAGCGCCAUCUUCUUCCUAGAGCAGUUUAUAAAAAGGUCAGUAUUAUUCAAGAACCUGAAGGACAGCCGCUUGUUGAGAUGGCACAAGACAACCAUACUGCUACCUCACAGUGUGUAGAAGACAUUGAUCAGGAAAGGGAGUACAUGGUUGACAUCUCCAGUAACAUUUCAGAGAAUCUCAGCUUUUACAUAGAUGGGAAAAUUGUCUCCACAAGUGCUGUAGGUAACUGUGAGGUGAUUGAGAUGAACUCUGGUGGCUCUGCUGUGAUCGGAUUAAAUGCUGUUCUAAUCAGUCCAGCUCAGAUUUCACAAGCUCUUAAAUUAGAAACCAUUACCAGUAGUUUUACCUCUGACUUGUCUGGGCAGUCUUCAACCAGACGCAGGACAUCUACACCACCUUUACUCCCACAAAUAAAAACAGAAUUAGAGUCUGAAUCCAUCUUGAGUACCUCCUCAUCUUCCUUGUCAUGCUUGACACUGUCCUCUACGUCUGGAGCUCCGCUGGUCACUGCUCAUUUACCUCAGUGCAUUGAGACAGUUGCCUUUAAUGAGGAAAAAACUGUCCAUCUGUCUCCCAAACUCAAGCAGAUCCUUCAGAAUCAGGAUGGCAGUAAACUGGCAUUUGCAUUGAUUGCUGAUGGCCAAAAACUGGGUCCUCCCUUAUCCCUGACUGUUUUACCUGCAACAACAACUAGAUAUAAGAGAAGGACAACCUCCCCUCCGAGCUCACCACAGAAAACCCUUGAUGUGAAUAUAGAAAAGCAAGAUCAAGAUUCUACAGAAGCAAAGAAGUCAAAGUUGGAGAGCCACAGGUUGGGCAAUGAAGAACCUGAGCCUUUGAAUUCACCUAUAGAUAGCUCUGAUGGAGCUCCAAUGCAGCAACAGGUAUUGCCUUUGGACUGCUCUGUAUCAAGAACAGGCGGAAACUCUUGCAAUCAACAGCCACUGGACCUCUCAAAUUCUGUGGUUAAUCGAGAGAACAGCGAGGCUUUAGCAGAGUCCAUCCUGGACUUAAGUAUUAGUGGAAAGAGUUCAGACUGUGACUCAGCUGGAGUCUAUCUCACACAGCCUGCUUUAAGGAAGAGUAAACCUAACUCUAGUAUGCUUCAGAAGGUGCUAAUGAAUGAGUAUGGUGGGGAAGAUGUUCCUUCCGUUGAAGCUCCAGCUGCUGAAGGUGUCCUCAGUGUCCCUGACAUAGCAAAUCUUGCAGUUGUGGCAGUGUCUGAUGCAGGUCCACCAAAACCCGAAAAGUUUUUGUUUGAGUUGGCUCUUCCUCCUGCUUCAAUCAAUCCAACCCCUUCACUGCUCGCUCCAGUCAGUAUCCAUCCAGUUACCCCAGUCCCACCACCUCAGUGUUCACCUUCUUCAUCUCCAACCUUUGUGUCCUUUCUAUCAACUCCCACAGUGGAACCCAGUCAGGACAUUCAAACUCUUCAUUCAGCCUUUGUGGUAUCUGAAAAUGUAGCUACCACAGGGUCUGUAGAAGACUGCGCGGAUAAUUCUGUACAUCUUUCACAGGGUGAUAUGAAAGUGACAAUCCCUGGCUGGGGGUCCUCUGCUCCUGAAGGUCUGGAAACCCUUAUACCUGCAGUCCCUUCACUGAGUUUACAAAGCCCUCACUGGGUUGCUGAUCCUGCUGUAUGUGAACUAGCUCAAAGAACAUUGGUUGUAGACUCUGUAUUAGCUUCUGAUGCACAGAUAUUUUCUUCAUCUCUGCCUGGGAACCAGUCCAACGUCACGUCCUUGGCUUUUCCUCCAAACACUGUUGUUAUUGAGUAUACAGUUGCAGUGCAAUCAACAGAAAAUAUUCUUCCAGCUCUCCAACAUAAUUCCCUUCCAUGUCUCUCAGAUAUAAUUCCUGUCGAUGCAUUAGAGCAAGAACCUCAUGUCUCAUCUGAGCCACAACCUCUCAGUCCUGACACCACCCUAUUACCUGAAACCUCCACACAGUCAGCCCCAACAGAGCAGUCAACAAGCUCUACAGAUAGUAAACUGACCCACACUGCUUCCACCGGUGCUGUUGAAGCCGAGAGCGAUGAGAAUGGACAGGAAAAUGUACAGUUCUCUGAUUGUUCUAAGCAGGAAAACAAAGUUGAAGAAGAGUUACCUCCCUUGCAUCCUUUUUGCAAGAACUUCAUGUGCAAUGUUUGUGAACAGCCCUUCCAGUCCAUGAAGAUUCUUAGUCAACAUGUUGGUGAGCACUCAGAAGAGUGGCCCUAUAAAUGUGAAUUUUGUGUGCAGUUGUUUGAAAGUGACACAGGUUUGCUGGAGCACCGUUCCAGUUAUCAUGGCAUUGGUAAAAUUUAUGUUUGUAAAGCAUGUUCUAAGGAAUUUGCUUUUCUCUGCAACUUGGAACAGCAUCAGCGAGAUCUCCAUCCUGGUCAAGAGAGCUCACACACCGAAGCAGUACAUGGUAAGUUAAGGCCUGAAAACCAUAACAAUCCCAAAACCGACAUGGCUGACCUAGGCCUUCCAGUCACAGAAAUUAAGCAAGAACCUGACAACACAGCCUUAAAGGUCGACAAUGAUUCCCUGGACAACACUUCUGAGGAACUGUUCACAACAAUUAAAAUCAUGGCAUCUGGAGGGGUCAAAACAAAAGGUCCAGAUGUACGAUUAGGAAUUAACCAACAUUACCCAAGUUUCAAACCGCCUCCUUUUCCAUACCACAAUCGGACACCAUCUGAAACUACGGCAGCAUCGGCCACUAACUUCACCACCCAUAACAUCCCUCAGACCUUCAGCACAGCCAUUCGUUGCACCAAAUGUGGUAAGAGCUUUGACAACAUGCCUGAACUGCACAAGCACAUCUUAGCCUGUGCUAAUGCAAGUGACAAGAAGCGAUACACCCCUAAAAAGAACCCUAUACCACUUAAGCGGUUUGCAAAAGCGCAAAAUGGGGUGUUAUCACCUGCACGGAUUGUUAAUGGUAAGCAAAAUUUCUCGCAAAAGGUCAGCCAACCAAGAAAACUGAACUUUCAUGAAUCGCCAGUUAGGAUAAAAAUGAGUAUUCUGAAUAAGAAGAAAUCUCAGCUGGUGCAAAGGGGCAGACCUGCUGGGGGAAGAAAGGCCUUUGCUCAGGAUGACCUGGGCCUUUUUGCAUGUCCUCAUUGUAGGAGAGAGUUUACAUACAAUGCUAGUUUAAAGAAACACGUAGCUUUUAGCUGUCCCAUGAGACCGGCCAGUAGAAACUCCAAAAAAAGAGCACUCAGCAUUGUUUCAGCACAGGAGAACAACGGGAGCCUUCGCAGACAAAUUGCAAACAUGAGCGCAAAGCCACAAGUGUCAGACCAUGAGCCAAAAACAAUAACAAAGAAUCAGAUCAUUAAGCAAAAUGCAGCAGUUGAUACCACUCAGGAUUUUAGGUUUAAAAGAUCUACCAUUCUGUCAACAUCUGUGGUUCAGUCUAGUAAAAAGGGCAAGCCUAUGGAGCUAAAGAGUGGCUUUAUGCCACAGCUGGCUUCAAAGCAGAUAGUCAUCUCAUCUGUCGCUCAGGUUAACUCUCAGGAGCCAGGUGUUCGGGUAAAUGUUUUAAGUAGAAAAAUGGAGCAGAGAGUGGGUGACAUGAAGAUACAGCCCAGAAGAGAAGAGCGUUUGUCUCUGAGGUUGAGAAAGAGAGUAGGGCCUAUUACUCGCAGUGUGCAGCAGGCCAGCACCACAACAACAGUCCUGAAACAGCCAGACAGUCACAACAUCAUCAUGCACCCUGUUGUUCUCCAAGUCAAGAAAUGAGACUUGUGAAAUAAUAAUAAUAAUUAAAAAAUAUAUAUUAUCGAUGUCAAUUAUCUGUUUUCUUAAAAUGCCUCCUUAAUGCAACAUUUAUUUGUAAAUAUGAGCCAUCUAAAUAUUGGACACUAUUUAAACUUAAAAUGAUGGCUUUUUAAUUUAUUGUUUCAAAACACAGCAGGCUAUAAUUUAGAACUUCUAAGCAUUAUGAAAUCCCAUUACUGUCCACAUAAUAAUACAUCAACAUAUUAACUUCUCAUUUGUAAAUACAUUUGCUGUCUGAAAAAAUUGUAACGUGCAAAUACAGGUGGCGAUAUUCCUGGAUACCUGUGCUUUAACACACCUGUGUGUGGUUUUCAAAUGACCUUGAUGAGCUGGUUUAGGUGUGUUAAAUUAAACCCUGAACUCAUGCACUUUUAUGCUGCAGUUCGUAUUUACCUAGUUUUGAAUGCAUUGCAAUACAAUGAAUCCAUUACUACUUAUUAUUUAUUAAUGUAAGUAUUCUAUGUUUAAAAGAAGGUGUGUUCAGUGGGCUUCACUGGAGCACAUAUAUUAUCAUAAUGGCUACUCACUUCUAUUUUUGUAGACUGUGUUAGUUGUGUUUUAUUGAAUAGAUGCAGUCUAAACUCUUCAUGCAUGCCAGAGAUUUCAUGUUGAGUGAUAGUGUGAGUGUUUAUAUAUCAGACUCUGUACUGUAACAAAUGCAGCAGCAGCAGAAAAAGAAGGGUCAGAUCAUACUGCAUACUUGACAACAUCUGCACCUUAAGGAUUAGGAGAAAAUUAUAUUGUGCUCACAAUAAUAUGUAUGAAUAUACACUACUCAAAUUUUGGGAUCAGUAAGACUUGUAAUUUUUUUUAAAGAAGUCUCUUAUGCUCAUCAAGGCUGAAUUUAUUUGAUAAAAAAUA